AUGGCCGUGGCCGAGACCGAAAGCGUGACCGUGAGCGCGGGCGGCGGAACGAAGCCCUCCCCGUAUGGACGACGUCUCGUGGCCAACAUCAUCGAUGAGACGGCCGCGAGGGAGCCAAGCCGCCCCUUCGUCUUCGCUCCAAGGUCCAGCAGGGCAGAGCACGGAUGGACGGCAAUCACCUUUGGCCAAGUCGCCAAUGCGACCAACUAUGUCGCUCGUCUGGUGGCCCAAGUCUUGAGCAAGGAGACGACCGGAUCCGAUGACGACUGUCCCACCCUCGCCUAUGUCGGCCCAAGCGACAUCCGCUACCUGAUCGUCAUGCUCGCCUGCAUCAAGGCCCGCUGCUGUGCCUUUUUCAUCUCCCCGCGGAACAGCCCAGAGGCCCAGCUGGAGCUUCUGGACAAGACAAGUUGCCGCUGCUUCUGGUACGCCCCCGAGUUUGCAGCCAUCGUUCAGCCGUGGAUUGGGGACCGGCAGAUGGCCGUCGCCGCCGUUGCGACCCCCCAAGAGUGGCUCUGCGCGACGGCCGAGCCUUUCCCUUACAACCGGUCAUAUGACGACGGCCGCUUCGACCCCCUCGUCGUCCUGCACACGAGUGGCACCACGGGUAUUCCGAAACCCAUCGUCGUCCGCCAGGGCAGCAUCGCCGUCGCAGACCGUCUGCGAAACCUACCCGAAUUCGACGGCGCCGACUCCCUAUGGAAGUUUUCGGCCUCGCGCGUUCGAAACAUGUUUGUUCCCCUGCCGCUGUUCCACGCCGCCGGUCUCUCCACAACCCUGACCCUUGCGGCACUGGACGGCACGCCCGUCACGCUGGGCAUGCCCGACCAGCGGCUGAGUGCCGACCUCGCAAAGCAUUGUCUCGCCCACGCCCCCGUUGACUCGGCCAUGCUCCCGCCGUCGAUUGUCGACGAGAUAAGCCGCAGCGAGGACGGCCUGCAGCAGCUAAAGGCCCUCAGACUUGUCGCCUUUUGCGGCGGGAACCUAUCCAGCGCCGGCGGAGCGAGGCUCUUGAAGCACGGCGUACACCUCUGCAACGUCAUCGGGUCCACGGAAGCGUUCCCCUAUGCCCUGCGCCACCAGCCGUGCCCGGAGCUUUGGCAGUACUUCAUCCUCAAUAGUGCCCGCAUGGGCGCCCAUUGGAUCUGCAGAGACCCUCACGAGCGCAUUUACGAGAUGACUUUCCGCCGGAAGAAUCUCCGAGAUCCUGGCGACCAACCAGUCUUUUACACCUUUCCAGACCUACGCGACUGGUCGACCGGGGAUCUGUUCAAGGCCCAUCCCACUCUCCCCGACCACUGGAUGUACUACGGUCGCGCCGAUGACGUCAUCGUCCUAUCCAACGGGGAGAAGCUCAACCCCGUCUCGAUGGAGGACCGGUUGACGGGACAUCCAUCCAUCAGAGGAGCCUUGGUCGUCGGCCAGGACAGAUUCCAACCCGCUCUGAUCCUCGAGCCCAUCGUGGCGCCCAAAAAUGACGAGGAACGCAACGCUCUGUUGGAAGUUAUCUGGCCUCUCGUCGAAGAGGCCAACAAGCAGGCCGUCGCCCACGGCCGCAUCGUUCGACAGCUCGUCGCUCUCUCGGAUCCCCUCAUACCCUUCCCACGCGCACCCAAGGGCACCAUCCGCCGCGCAGUGACGGUCAAGGCGUACAGGGAGCACAUUGACAAGUUGUACGAGCACGUCGACAAUGUCGAUGACCGAGACCUUGUUCCGCUCAACUUUGCCGACCUGGUGGCCCUGACACGAUCCGUCACGGAUUUGCUCGCGGCAGAGCUAGAUGUGUCCACACCCCAUCCGGACGCCGACUUCUUUGCCCUCGGGCUCGAUUCGCUUCAGGUGAUGCGGCUGUCGAAUAUUCUGCGAGCCAGUUCCAGCGCCGCCGGCGUCGUCCUGGAUCCGGACAUGCUGGCGCCCCGAGUCAUCUACUCGAAUCCGACACCACACCUGCUCGGCUCCUACCUCUUUGCGGCGGCCAAAAACCCUAGGCAUGAUGGACGGGCCGAGAAUGAAAAGGAGCUCGAGAUAAGAACGCUGAAGCGACUGGUUGGACAGUACGCCAGUCAUCUGCCGCCCCCCGUUUCGGGGAAGCCUGACCCUCUCGAUGAUGGCCAGACGGUGCUCCUCACCGGCUCUACAGGCUCGCUCGGCGCCCACCUUCUCCAUCAACUCUGCGCUCUGCCAAAGGUCCAAAAGGUCAUUGCCCUGAACCGUGGUCGAGACGGGAGUGCGUCGCGUCAAAGUUCCAUCAACGCCGCACGAGGGCUAAGCACCGACUUCACCAAGGUCGACUUUCUCGCCGCCGACCUGUCGCUUGCUGACCUCGGUCUCGGCACCGCCAAGUACGAACAACUCCUCUCGUCGGCCGAUCGCGUUAUCCACAAUGCUUGGCCCGUCCACUUCAACAUGUGCGUCGCCUCCUUCGAGCCACACAUCCGCGGCGUUCGACACCUCGUCGACUUUGCCCACCGCGCCGCGAAGCGUGUCCCCGUCAUAUUCCUCUCGAGCAUCAGCACCGUCGCGGCCUGGAAGUCGGCCGACCUCGUGCCGGAGCACCGCCUGGAUGAUGAUGCGCUGCCUGACAUGGGGUACGGUCGGUCGAAGCUGGCGGCAAGCCGCAUCCUGGACGCGGCCUCCUCCGGCUCCGGCGUACCCACCGUUUCCAUCCGAAUGGGACAGAUUGCCGGGCCCCGGGGACCCAGAGGCGUCUGGAACAAGCAGGAACUCAUGCCGACGCUCGUCGCUAGCUCUCUUCAUCUGGGCGUGCUGCCGAGGGACGUUGGCGGGCACGACGAGGUGGACUGGCUGCCGGUGGAAGAUGCAGCUGGUCUCGUGCUCGACCUGUCGGGCGUGACCGUCAAGGUCGCCGUCUCGGACCUGAACGGAUACUUUCACGGGGUCAACCCAUCCAAGACGACAUGGACAAAGCUCGCGGCGGCGUUGGAAGAGUACUACGCGGCACGGAUCAAGCUCGUCAGCUUCGAGGAAUGGGUGGCUGCCCUGGAAGCGAGCGCGGCGGCGACGACGGACCUUUCGAAAAAUCCCGCCGUCAAGCUGCUCGACACGUACAAGGGCAUUCUGCGGACGUCACGAGCGGUCAGACUUGACAUGAGGAGAACGAUGCGCCGGAGCCCCACGGUUGCGAUGCUUGGCCCCGUCACACCAGAGUUGAUGAAGCUUUGGUGUAGCCAGUGGGACUACUAA